AUGUUUCUUCGCACCGUCUCCCAAGCUGCACCUCGCAGCGCGGCCGCCCUCCGCUCGGGCCCAAUGGCCUGCCUGCACGCCUCGAAGACCGCCGUCGCCGCCCAGCAGACUCGCGCCGCUUCCGACCACGCCAUCGCCAACCCUACCCUCGCCGGCAUCGAGAAGCGCUGGGAGGGCAUGCCUCCUCAGGAGCAGGCCGAGCUGUGGAUGCAGCUUCGUGACCGCAUGAAGGUCGACUGGCACCAGAUGACCGUUCAGGAGAAGAAGGCCGCCUACUGGAUCGCAUUCGGCCCUCACGGUCCUCGCGCCGAGACCCCCAAGGGCGAGGGCUGGAAAAUCCUUUCCAAGGUGGCCCAACUCACCGUCGCGUCCGUGGUCAUCUUCUACGGCAUCCACCUGAUGGGCAAGCCGCUGCCCAAGACCAUGAGCAAGGAGUGGCAGGAGGCCUCCAACGAGUACGCCAAGAGCGAGAAAAUCAACCCCAUCCACGGCAUCAGUGCCGAGGGCUACGAGGGCAAGGGCUUCGUCCAGAGCCCGUCCGCCGAGAAGUCAUAG